CACCGCCCACUAGGCGGAUGCGUGACGCGUCACUGCGCUUACGUGUAGUCGUGACGCCACAGUCUCGCGUGAUGAGGCUUGUGGCGUCGGGAUUUUCUGUAAGACAGGAGGCAAGGCGCUUGCAGGUAACAUCUUUGCGGGACGCGGGAUUGUCUGCUGGUCUCCAGUGAUGUGAAAAUGACUCAAGGGAAGAAGAAAAAACGAGUGAACCGUAGUGUGUUGCUGGCCAAGAAAAUCAUCAUUAAGGACGGCGGAUCACCUCAAGGUAUUGGCUCUCCUAGUGUCUAUCAUGCAGUUAUUGUCAUCUUUUUGGAGUUUUUCGCCUGGGGUUUGCUGACUGCUCCAACUUUAGUGGUUUUACACGAGACGUUUCCUAAGCAUACCUUCCUAAUGAAUGGACUUAUUCAGGGUGUCAAGGGUUUAUUGUCCUUCCUAAGUGCUCCUUUGAUAGGUGCACUAUCAGAUGUGUGGGGGAGAAAGUCCUUCCUGCUGCUAACAGUAUUUUUCACUUGUGCUCCCAUUCCAUUAAUGAAAAUCAGUCCAUGGUGGUAUUUUGCAGUUAUUUCUGUGUCUGGAGUGUUUGCUGUUACAUUCUCUGUAGUCUUCGCUUAUGUAGCGGAUAUAACGCAGGAGCAUGAAAGAAGUAUGGCAUAUGGCCUGGUUUCUGCCACAUUUGCUGCUAGUCUAGUCACAAGCCCAGCUAUAGGUGCUUACCUGAGCCGUGUAUACGGGGAUAACCUUGUGGUGCUACUGGCCACAGCCAUUGCACUGCUCGACAUCUGUUUUAUCCUGGUGGCCGUUCCCGAGUCUCUACCUGAAAAGAUGCGACCAGCAUCCUGGGGAGCACCUAUUUCUUGGGAGCAAGCAGACCCUUUUGCAUCUUUAAAAAAGGUUGGACAAGAUUCCAUUGUACUGCUCAUAUGUAUCACAGUAUUCCUCUCCUACCUCCCUGAAGCCGGGCAGUAUUCCAGCUUUUUUCUGUACCUUAGACAGAUCAUGGAUUUUUCACCUGAAAGUGUUGCAGCCUUUAUAGCUGUUUUGGGGAUCCUUUCCAUCAUUGCUCAGACCGUUGUUUUGAGUUUACUAAUGAGAUCGAUAGGAAACAAGAACACAAUUCUUCUGGGCCUGGGCUUCCAAAUAUUGCAGCUGGCCUGGUAUGGCUUUGGCUCUGAGCCUUGGAUGAUGUGGGCGGCUGGAGCAGUGGCUGCAAUGUCCAGUAUAACAUUUCCCGCAGUGAGUGCUUUGGUUUCCCGAACGGCAGAUCCUGACCAACAAGGUGUUGUGCAAGGAAUGGUCACAGGCAUUCGUGGUCUGUGCAAUGGGCUUGGCCCUGCCCUCUACGGCUUUAUAUUUUAUAUCUUUCACGUGGAAUUGAAUGAGAUUCCUAUUACAGAAGCACAGCAUCCAGGGAAGGUGACAGCCCACAAGUCAGAGCAGAAUUCCAUAAUCCCAGGGCCUCCUUUCCUCUUUGGUGCUUGUUCUGUGCUGCUGGCUUUGCUUGUAGCAUUAUUUAUUCCUGAACACACCAAUCUGAACAUUCGUUCCGGCAGUUGGAAAAAGCAUGGGGCGGGACACAGCCCCCCAGCACAAGGUGAAGGCAAGGAGCCUCUUUUGCAGGACACAAAUGUAUGAUGGUGCCUGAGACUGAUGUUUGCUGCUUGUACAUUUGCAAUCCAUUCACUACUGUGCUGAGGUGUGGGUUGGAUUCUUUUUCUCAGCUGCUGGACACGGGACCCAUUUGGACCAGCUCUCUCCCAGUGGAACCAGCCUUCUCAGUGAUGUGCACCAGUCCUGCUUGUUAACUGGCAGCUCAUCUAAAGCAUCUUCCCAAUAAGGCUGGUGUAUUGGUGGCUUUCACCACAUAUAGAUUACUACAAGCCUGCAACUUACAUACAAGGUACAAGCACGUGGAUUUUGUUGUUUUUUUUUUUUUUUCAGAAGUUUCUGGACAAAUCAGGAGGUUUAACCUCAUUAAAUAUUCCUUUUAUAUAGAGAAAGCCAAAGUAUUUUAUUUUUUUCUAAUUUAAUAGCAGCCUCUUUGCUCCUUUUUGACAGUUGUGUAAUCAUUUUAUGUCUUUGCUGCCACAAUACUAGAUAAUUAGUGCAGCUCUUUUACAUGUUUACAGAAAUGAGGGGUUUUUUAACAGUUCAUAGGGAGAAGUGGCAGCCAGGGUCUUCCUUUCUCUCUCUCGCUGCUGCAGCUGUUGUAUAAGGGCAUGAAAUUCUGGUGCUGUCCAUUUCCUUUCAUCAGUCUGAGCUCUAACAACAUGUAGGACCUACGAUUUGAAGCCUUAACAGUGAGUGCAUAGCACAUGAAGGAUUUCACUUGUGCAUUGGGAUGUUCCAAUGUAUGGAUACAAACCUAUCUGCAUUAAUAAUUGUAUCACAGGGAUAAUCAUGCUACAAAAUUCCAGCUAAAGUUCAACUAACUCCCAGCAUUCCUUCCCAGCCGAAUGUGAGGAUCCCAUUUGUUUGACAUCCCAUCUCUGUCAUGUAAGUUUAAAGGUAAACGCAAUACAAGGGUUCCUGGCAAAAACAAGGUUUGUUCAGCCUCCGUUCAACUUUUAUCCCAGACAUCAGCCUCAUGUUUAUCGAAUACCACUAUAUUCUGGACACUCCGUUCCCAAAACUUGAAUACACAGCUAAACCAAGCGCCUUGGAACUGACUGUGCAUUUAUCGGUGGCCUUUCUCCGCACAUUCGAUUUUUGAAGAUUCAAAUUGCCCAGAAAGCUUUAUAAAAUAACCGAUUGUGAAAUUCUCUUCUAAAAAAGUAUAUUUGUGUAUAUUUUUGGUUGGUUAUUUAAAGUGUUUCUUUGUAUAAAGUGUUGUAUAACUUAAACAUUAUCAGUUUUUUUUUUCCUAUUUGCCUGAACAUUCCUCAUUGGCUCAGAUCUGAAUGAUGUAAAUUUAUGAAUAAACCUAAAUAUUUUUAUAUUGA